AUGGUGCGACUCCCAGUUCGAAACCUCGCGACCAGAAUCUGCGGACUCCCAUCAUCCGUCCUAGAGCCGGAACAAUACAGGAGAGAUCCAAUUCUUGACAUUCGAAGUCGAUGGGAGCCAUGCCUUCACUUGUGCGAAGCAGGGCUUCCAUACAAGGUCUGGACGUCCCAUGAUGUCUUCAAAUACCAUGGCUUAUACAGACACCAUGGCGUGUUCAGUGACCCAUACGACUUUCAAGUCUUGGAUCUUGGGCUGCUGGUGAAUGAUAUAGAAGAAGCAGCAAAAAUCUUGGAAGGGGCUGGAUAUUUCCGUGCAAGAAUGCCAAAUGCAGAGCAGGAGGGGAUGUGCUACCAUUCUGGAAAUGGCCGGGGUUGUAUUCGCUUGCUUAAUACCAGUGCAAUAGUGCAAGAGUACAUUCGACGGGAAACAUUUGAGCAAGUCACUGCAAGGAUUUCCCUUGCUGCUGGCGUCAAGGACACCUAUGUGAUUGAUAACAAGUGGUCAAUGCAAGGACUUGGAAAUGGCGUCCUAUUGAUGCUGGCUAGUGAUUGGAAUUAUGCACUUCCUAGUCAGAUGAAAUCCCCUAUAUUUUAUCAAGUGAUGCCCGAGUUGUCAGAGUACUUUGACUCACACUUACAGCCUAUGGAUGGAUGUGCCGAUUUCAUUUCCAGUUACAACGAUUUUUUUCUCGGAUCAUGCGAGACUUUGGCACCAUGCAAAUAUAAUAAACAACCUGAUAUCUGA